CUACGUCGCUACAAGCCUACGGAGCUACAGGUGGAGAUCGUAUAUAACAACCCGGGUUGAGAUUGAGACGAACCUGUGGAGCUUCCACCAUGUGAUGGAGAAACCGCCUUCCAAAUCUACUUGCACCCCGUACAUACCAACCCUCACUGAAAGAUCGGAAUUCUGAUCGAGCUCUCUAAACAUGUCGACCUCGACUUCGUCUGCAGCAGCAGCAUCAGCCCUCUUGAUCAUCGACGUUCAGAACGAUUUCUUGCCUCCCUCUGGCAGCCUGGCGGUCCCGGACGGUGGGGACGUCUUGCCCAUCAUCAGCGGGUUGUUGAAGGAAGAAUGGAUGGAGGACGUUUGGGACAUCGUCGUCGCUUCUCAGGACUGGCACCCCCACACCCACAUCUCCUUCUCAUCGCACCACAAACACCCUCACGCUCGACCCUUUACGACUGUCCGUGUACCUCGAGACGUCUUGGGCGAACACGUUGAUAUCCAUCAAGACGACGAAAACGGUAGCAACAGCAAUCAAAGAGACGGGAACACCGAGGACGAGGACGAUCACGAAGGGGAAGACAACCUCGGUCUGACCGACCCUAGAAGUGGAUACAAGACGACUCAGGGCGUGGAUGACGGACAGGUAGAUCUGAACUUGUGGCCGGACCAUUGCGUCAAGAAUACCCGAGGGGCCGAGAUCGAGCGAGAUCUGAGGACGGCUUUAAAGCCUUGGCAUCGGGCUGGAAAGUUUGCGUUGGUUCGCAAGGGUACCAGGUCGAAUGUGGAAGCCUUUUCCGCAUUCUCUGGUAAAGUCGUCCCCGUUGGUUCUCCCGAGAUGGAUAGUGUCCUCGGGAUGUACAUGAAUGGACGGACGACCACGACCACGGUUACCGGGACGGGAAGCGCAGACGAGCCGGAACAAGAACAAGAGGAAGAGGCUGGAGAGGAUCUCGCCGGUUUCCUGAUCAAGCUCGGGGUGAAGAAGAUAUGCGUUGUCGGGCUCGCUACGGACUUCUGUCGCUUGCACGUUCGACGUUACAGCGUUGCGCAGACGGCCUUGGCGGCGAUGAACAGGGAAUCCAGCCCCUUCACCGUCUACCUGUACGAACCCGCCGUCAGGGGGGUGGGCAAGGCUUCCAGUGACAAGGCGUUGAGGGUGUGUGCGGAUAGGGGCGUCAAGGUGCUCCAUACCGAACAAGAGUUGCGAGAGGCUUUUGCCGGCAUGGCCACGUGAAUGUCGAUAUGAACAUGGACUCGAACUUUGAGCAGGGAGGGAAUGUCAGGUUGGAGUGAGGUUUCGUUGUAUUUCUGGUUGUACGGAUUCGUUCGUUAGGCUGUUGUAUGUACACGUCAACAUCACGCCAGUCAGAUCAGCACUUAUAGGAAAGGCUUAUACCACCAUUCAUGAAUUAUCUUUGACUA